GACCAGGACCCGAACCAAUCCGACCCCGCGUCUGCUCAGUUGCCGACAUGUAGUCCCUCCUCCGACCGGCACCCCACCGCUGGCCAGGUCGCCGGUGACGCUCCGGUGGCGAGCUGCCGGUCCAGGGAUUCCACGACGUCCGAGGUGGAGUUCCAGAGGCAGCUGGGAGCAGCUCUUCUAACUAGGAGUUUUGCAGCAAUGAUCAGGAGAAAGACCAGAUCCGCGCUGCGAACCAGUUGAGCUUGGGCAGGCAUUGGAGGGGCGAUGCGGGGAGGAAGAAGAAUGAGGCCUUGGCAGAGACGCAAUCCGGACAGUACUGGAAAUAUGAUGUGAUUAAUUAUGAGGAGAAAGUGGUGGAUGGAUUUUAUGAUGCUCAUAAUAUCUCCACUGACUCAAGACUUCAAGGGAAAAUGCCAUUUCUUACUGAUCUCCAGACUGUCCCGGGGAGUUCUGGCUUUGAAGCUACAAUAGUUAAUCGGUUACCUGUAGCGUGUACUUGUACAGGCUGUGAGACUCGGUUUAUGAUGGAGAUGGAAGUUGGAAGAGAGCUAUUAUGAACAACGUCCUUUCAACUUUACCGUCAAAAUACCUAUCAGUAUGUGUUCAUGUUACUGGAGCAUGUAGUGCUCAGAAGACAGAGCUGAACAUCAUCCUGACAGCAAUAGGCCUCUUAUAGACUGCUGCUGAUUUCAUAACAAGAGAGGGCUUAGCCACGACCUCUCUGAGGGAAAGAAGAGGGAAGCAGGACGAGGAGAUGAGCAAUAUAUGCCUAGGUCAGUGGAUGGUGAAGAGAGUCUAGAUGAGACUUGCGUUGCAUGCAGCAGAGAGAAUGGUGAGGCUUCUUCUAAAAGUACAGAGGAUCGUGACAAGUUACCAUUCUCAGUCUUCUUGUUACUUUAGAAGCAUGGAGCUGAUGAGAGGCCAGAGCUGUCAGGACACUUUUCCAAACUCUCGGAAAUCACCAACAAAAACUCUCCAAAAGCACAUGGGAGGAUUGUCUUUGGAACUAUUUCUUCCCUACGUUGGACUGCGCAGCCCGCAUGGCUGCAACCUCAUCAAAAGAUGAAUGCCGUUGAAAAGAACUUGGAAUGAGGGGAGGAAAAUCAGUUCACAUGCUCGUACAUCAUAGUCGUAACACGGCGCAGAAGCAGUGGGAUGAGACACUUGUUCUGGUCCUCAAUGGGGAUAUUUGAUAUAUUACGAUCUUUCUUCCCUUUUCUCAGAAGCUUAAGGUACUUCUGGUCUGGUAAGAUUAUAGUAAACCAAAUGGUAGUUUCUUUAGUCAUGAUUUCAAAUGGCAGUUGGUAUUUGGAAGUACUGCAAGUCAACUGAGGUUGCUCUUGCAGCAGUUAGCACUUAGCAGCCUCCAGAUGACCAUUGUAUCUCAUUCUCUCAAUGUGAUCUUCAAUUCACUGAUCUUGGAAUAAUUGAACUAGAAUUGGUCCUCAGUUGACAUGCAGUAUAUUAGUUUUCUCUGUUUUGCUGGACAGCCAAGAGAUGAAAUGACCUAGUAUCUAGUUUCUGUGCAAAACAGGGGGACUUGCCAAUGCCUUGCCUCACUUCGAGAGUUGAGGUCUAUGAGUUUGUUUUUCAAAGGUCACCCAGCUACGGCGUUAAUUCCACUAGCAAGGCAAAGCAGGAGACUUACCUGGUUUUGGUUUUGGUUUUGGUUUUGUAGUCGGCUCUAUAAUAGAAUCCCUUCUUUGUACAAAUCAUGUCAAUAUUAACAAUCAUCUUCUUCUUGAGUUUCUUUCACAAUAUCAUUGAGGGUAGUUACUGAUGAGGUCCUUACGGUCGCAUCAAAAUCAUAAUGACAACUUUCGGUGACAUCUCCAUGUCUAUUUGAUCUUUUUUUGCAGGGGGAUGUAUGUUCAGGUCAAGAGUAUGUUUGACAGUCAAAUGUGCAACGCAGUUACUGGCAAUUUUUGAUUUGGCGUUUAGAGCAAUUCAUGAUGGGAAGUGAAAAAGUUGAAACUGACCGAGUUUUAACGGCGAAGGUCCUGGCGCUACAGACGUUUUCACGACAUAGUUCCUGGCGCUACGUGUGACUCUGCUAUUGGCUGGCCCUAAUUUAAAAGUCAAUGAGAGGUAACGAGGACGGAAAAGACAAACGUUGCAUGAACUUUCGUCACGUAUGUCGUCACUUCCAUGCAUCAUUCAUUUGAGCUCGCGAGAAGGAAUCGAGAGAUUACAGAAGUGAGAGAUUCUGCAUAAAGAGAGAGCGCGGAGAAAAUCGUUCGAGAGGGAGUAAUGGAUCACCACGACCCCGAUCCGGACCAACCCAACGAGUCCGCCUCGCCCGCUUGGUCGCCGCCGUCGUGUGCUCCCUCCUCCGAUCAGCGUCCCGCCGCCGGCCAGGGCGCCGGCGAGGCUCCGGCGAGCCACUCGAGCUUCCUGGGCCAGCUGCUGAACGAAUUUCCUGGGGAUUCCCUGAUGUCCGAGGCGGGGCUCGGCGUGCGCCCGGCGGUGGACGGUUGGUCUGAAGUUUACGCACCAUCCUGGGAGGAGCUCGCGAGCAGGAAGCUCCACGCGGAGGUCGGCGGGUACGAUCAGGAGCACGACCAGAAGCACGCCGCGAGUACGUCGAGCUUCGGCGGGCAGCGUCGGUGGGUGGGCGAUGCGGCGAGCAAGAAGGAUGAGGUCUUGGCGGAGACGCAGUCCGGACAGUACUGGGAAUUUAACGUGAUUGAUUAUGAGGAGAAAGUGGUGGAUGGAUUUUAUGAUGCUUAUGGCAUCUCCACUGACUCAAGACUUCAAGGGAAAAUGCCUUCUCUAACCGAUCUCGAGACUGACCCUGGGAUUUCUGGCUUUGGAGCUAUAAUAGUUGAUCGCAGAAUUGAUCAUGCUCUGGAAGAGUUGAGACAAAUCGCUCACCAUAUAGGAUUGGACUGUCCUGCUACUGAGGUUACCAUUUUGGUUCAAAGGCUUGCUGAACUGGUAACAGGACAUAUGGGCGGCCGAGUGGAGGAUGCUAACAUUAUGUAUGCUAGGUGGGUGAAGAGGACCACAGAGUUGAGGACAUCCCUUCAGACAAAUGUUUUGACAAUUGGGUCCAUAAAUGUUGGCCUCUCAAGACAUCGUGCUUUGCUUUUCAAGGUGUUAGCGGACAGUAUUAAUUUGCCUUGCCGACUGGUGAAAGGGGGCCAUUACACUGGCAUGCAGAAUGAUGCUGUAAACUUGAUAAAGUUGGAUGAUGAAAGGGAGUAUCUGGUUGAUCUCAUGGCUGCCCCUGGGACGCUUAUACCAGCUGGCUUUUGCAGUGGGAAAGAUGAUAAGCCCUACAAGGGAGAAAUUACUAAAUUGCCAUCUUUUCAAGCUCCUAAUGAGUUGGAAGUUGUUCAGUCAAGGCCACAACAGCCUUCAGCUGGCGAACAAAGCAAUCAAAGUUCAGUGAUGGAAACUGAUUCUUAUGUAGCUAGAAAAUCAAGCUCUAAAACGUCAGAAUCCUUCCCCUCUUCCCCAUUUGCUUGUCAUGAUCCUGGUGUUGGUUCUUCCAGAGUAUCUGGUGAGAGAGCUCAACAGCUGAAUGUCAAUGUGGUUCCACAGAGCAAAAAUAGUUCAGAAGAUCCCACAAAUAUUUUUGCAGACCUCAAUCCUUUCGCAACUAAAGUGUCUGGCAAAGCCCCAAUGGAAGGUAAUAGCCCAGGAGUCAAAAUAAGUGAGAUGCCUAGACAGAAAAAUAACCCUGUUCCUGGUCAGCCUCGUGUCCAAUUGAUGCCAAAAAAUCGACAUCCUCUCAAUGAAGUAGUGAGAAAGAAAGAAUAUGGUUUGAAGGAAGGUCUAUUUCCAAGAAGUUAUUGGGAAACUAAUGCUUAUGAUGUAUCAUCAUCCAUUGGCAGCUCUACAAUUGAUAAAGUCAAUCCAGACAGAGUAUCUGGUGGGAGAGCUCAACAGUCGAAUGCCAAUGCUGUCCUACAGUACAAAAAUAGUUCAAAGCACCCCAUAAAUCCUUUUGUAGAUCCCUAUCCUUUCUUAAUGGCAGGCUUUCCAAAUGCCCUAAGCAACCGCACAGAAAACAAAAUCAAUGAGAUGCCGAGACAGAAAAAUAACUCCAUUCCUGGUCAGCCUCAUGUCCCAUCGAUGCUAACAAAUCGGCUUUCUCUCAAUAAAGUAGCAAGAAAGAAAGAAUACGGUUUCAAGGAAGGUCUAUUUCCAAGAAGUAAAUGGGAAACUAAUGCUUAUGAUGUGUCAGCAUCCAUUGGCAGCUCUACAACUGGUGUCAAUCUGGACAGUUUUAUGAUAUGUAAUUAUUUGAAUCAUUCAGCUCAAGAGAGCAGUGGCGUCAAAGUGUCAAACAAAUCAAAUCAGUUGAUCAAAGAGAGUAGUCACUGGAAUCCUGUCAGUGAGAAUAGUCCAAUGUUGGAAUGUAGCACAGGCCAGUAUAAUAAAUUGCCUUGUGAAGAGCACUUGAAUGCCCAAGUCAGGGAAGACCCUCUUAGGACUCAGGAGAAUUUGCAACAUGGCGUAGCAGACUCUUUGAGCGGAUGCGGUAGUCAUAAAAUUUCUUUUCCUGAUCCGAAAAAGUGCACUAAUGACAGAUUCAUGGACACAAAAGUCAUGUUGAAGGAUUCAGAAGGCCCCAGUUCCUCAAUUGAUAGUAAUACAAAUAAAGUUGAUGAUGCUGAUGCUGGUGAUGAGAUUCAGUGGGAACAUUUGGACAUUGGUGAAAGGAUUGGACUAGGCUCUUAUGGAGAGGUCUAUCAUGCUGACUGGAAUGGCAAGGAGGUGGCUGUGAAGAAAUUUUUGGAUCAGGAUCUCUCAGGUGCUGCUUUGAAUAAGUUCAGACGAGAAGUGCAGAUGAUCCGUAGACUGCGUCAUCCAAAUGUUGUUCUUUUCAUGGGUGCUGUAGCCCGACCUCCAAAUCUGUCUAUCAUUAUGGAGUUUCUUCCAAGGGGAAGCUUGUACAAAAUUAUACAUCAUCCUCAGUGUCGUAUUGAUGAGAAACUUAGGAUAAAAAUGGCCCUUGAUGUGGCUAGGGGAAUGAAUUGCUUGCACACAAGCGUCCCAACAAUAGUUCAUCGAGAUUUGAAAUCACCAAAUCUUCUUGUUGACCUAAACUGGAAUGUCAAAGUCUGUGAUUUUGGGCUGUCACGCUUGAAGCAUAAUGCUUUCUUGUCAUCCAAGUCAACUGCUGGAACGGCUGAGUGGAUGGCACCAGAAGUUCUCCGCAAUGAACCGUCGAAUGAAAAAUGUGACAUUUUUAGUUUUGGAGUCAUUCUCUGGGAGCUUGCCACGUUGAAAAUACCUUGGACUGGGAUGAACUCAAUGCAGGUUGUAGGUGCCGUAGGUUUUCAAAAUCGCCGCCUCGAGAUCCCCAAAGAAGUCGAUCCCUUGGUUGGAAAGAUCAUCUGGGAAUGCUGGCAGACGGAGCCAAACUUGCGGCCCUCUUUUGAAGAGCUCACUAUAGCUCUGAAGUCAUUGCAGCGGCUUGUAAUUCCUUCUUGACUUGGAUCAACCAAAUACACAUCUGACAUGGGACCAGCGACACUUUUCUCCUCCCCUGGAGAUUCAAGGUAAAUACAACACCUUGAGACAUCUUCACAGAGUGAAAAUGAAGUUCAUGGCAUCACUUCAUUUGCAUGGUGGCAUUAAUCUAUUCUCGAUAAAUUUAAACUAGAAUGAGAAAGAAGAGAAGCUGUUUAGGACAAAGGGUUCGCGCUGUACAGUAAUCUUGCCGUUCCUGUAGAGAAAGACUGUCAUUCACGGUUUCUUUGUGGAAGGAGGGACUGAGGAUGCCUCCUUCAAGACAAAGGAGAACCUGUUACUAUGAAAUACAAGUUUCUGCUAUUUAACCGUGGCGUAUUGAGGAGAUUAAGGACUGUCAGUUGACUCCAGUCGUGAGUAUUUGCACCCUGUAUAUAGAUGUGAAUAAUAGAUACUAUUUAAACUCCGCUAUCUUUCUUUCUCUAGGUAGCUACAAUAACGACAGAAACAAAGUUGCUUGAAGGUGCUGUCAUAUCUCUUCUAGGAGUUCUUUACUCUUUUAAUCUAAGCAUUGAUUUUCAGGCCACGACUUUGAAAAUCUUCUGCUUAU